CAGCUUGUUGAUGCUGUGACAGAAGACCUUCCGUGGAUCGAUUCCAUGGCACUCCCAAUGAACUCGCAAGACAAUGGCCAGUCUGACUCCCAACCGCCGACGGUCGCUCCUUUCUCUCCCUCUACCAUCUCCGGUUCCGCCUUGAGCUCUCGCCAACGCUCCAGUGUCAUCGUGCAUCGCAAGUCGCCGUUGCUGGUGGCUACACCGCCGUCCAUCACCCGGGCCCUGGCCUACUCGCACCCGUUCCUCCUGCCGUUGAACAAGCUUGCGGGCUUAUUGACAUGGACGACCGGGGACCCGUGGCAGAGCUUCCUGCUUGUGGCUACAUUUUGGACGGUGGUGCUAUACAGCGAUGCCAUCAUCCUGUGGGCUGGCCCGAUCUUAGUGGUGAUCGGGUUGAUUCUGGGCAUGUAUGGCCGUCGCUACUCGCCUCUGUCAUCAACGACCUCGACGGGUGAAAAGCACCAGAGCAAAGCUGCGGCGGAGACAACCCGCCACCACAAAAGUUUGGACGACAUUGUUGAGACGUUGCGCACAUUCACAACCCGAUGCAAUAUUCUUCUUGAGCCCUUGCUCGAUUUGACCGACUUCCUAUCUACUCAGCGCACCCCAACCUCUGCAACGACUCGACCGGCGCUUACUGCUCUCUUCAUUCGAAUUCUCCUCGUUACACCCAUUUGGAUCGGUCUUACCCUUCCACCUCUUUACCUAAUUACUACCCGACGCGUCGUCAUGACUGUCGGAACCAUCGUUCUCACCUACCACUCGCGACCCGCGCGGGUCUCUCGUGUAAUUCUAUGGCGGUCUCGAGCAGUUCGCCGCCUUUGCUCCAUGAUUACAGGGCUCUCAGUCGCGGAUGGCCCGAACACACAGAAAGCUCAAAUUCAAGGCGAGGGCCAGGGGCUGAAUAUCUCGACACGGCGGCGUGGGGACGGCUCUGGCGUGCGGUUCACGUUCGUCGUGUAUGAGAACCAACGACGCUGGCUUGGAAUUGGCUGGACAUACUCCCUCUUCCCGGCAGAGCGUGCUGCUUGGACAGAUGAGCAUCUCAACUCCGUCUCACCAAAAGACUCAUUUGAAUUGCCCGAUGUUUCUACCGGUGGCUCGAAAUGGCGCUGGGUGGAGGGUAGUGAGUGGCGCGUUGAAGGCGCGGAUCACUCCACCAAAUCCGAUUCCAAGACCUCCACGAGCGAGGGAUGGAUCUUCUAUGAUAACAAGUGGAAUGAUGGCCGUCGCGCUCAAGAUGGUUGGGAUCGAUACACCCGCCGACGCAAGUGGUACCGCGAUGCCGAACUGGUCGAGGUGCAACCAGAUGGCUCCGUUGGGACCGUCUCAAACCUCACACAAUCUCUAGAAAAGGAAAGGGAAAAGGAAAAAGAGAAGGAAUCCGAUCCUGACUCCCUAAGCCUCUCAUCUACCACGCCCCUCAAAACGCGCAGACGGGGCUGGUUCCGCAACAAGGACAAGGAUCACACCAGUAGCCCUUCCACGGACCAAAGCCGUGCAACGGGUACAAACGUCGGGGCCGCUCUGGAUGGUGCUAGCAGCAACAAAGGCACACCUCCGCGCCCGAUAAGCGUUCGCAACCCGUCCCAGUACAGCAUCCGAGAAGGAAGCGUGGGAACGAGCGAUAGCGCUAGUCUGCGCGAGAAAGACUCAUCCACGCAAGACCACCUCGAUCGAUGGUCGACUAGGGCAUCCGGAGGCACAGAACGAGCGGAAAGGGAAUUCGGAUUGAGUGAUGAGGUGAACAUGGGAUUAAGUUGA